AAACGGGCUUUACAAUACAGAGUAGAGGAGCUUGAGAGGGAUACAUCACAGACAUGUAGGAUGACAAGGACCACGUAGCAUUUUCCUUGGUCGAUUAGGACCUCUUCAGACUUAUUUAACCGAUCGUAGUGGCUUGCUUUACUUGUAUCGUGUUACUUACACUGCAUAAAGUUCGUAUUGGCGCGAGAUCAAGGAUCGCGAGGAUGCGAUGAUGACGAGGAGAUAAUUUUCUAGCUGGAAUAUUUCCGCUGGACGGAUACGUUGAUGUAAUUUUUUAAUGCCCAAAAUGGGGAAAAACGCCAUGGAAGCGCAUGUAUUUCGAGUUACUGAGGCUUGUAGUUUCUGAUUAAAUUAUAUGAGCUGUUUUCCCGCUACACCUGCCUUUUAAUUACUCUGCAGACUGGUGGAUAGACUUGCUGAUGCCAACAACGCCAGAUUGCCUAUAUGGCAGGAUCAUGAAGUUUUUGACGUUUUUCCUUUUGCUUCCAGAAACCUUAAAAAGGACUAGAAAGAGUGGGAAACAGCUCAACAAGCUGCCAGUAUGCUAUGAAAUCGUGACAUUGUCCUUGAGGAAGAAGAUGGCUGCAGAACUCUAUCCUGCCAGCAUAAAUACCAACCUUCCCAACAGUAACAGCACAGCAGUCACAGCUGCCAGCAAAAAGACCAUCGUCCAAGUCACUCAAACGGUGACAACGCCGACUACAACUGCCACUCAGCAGAACAUCAACAAUAAUAACGUCGAGACUGCCAGCUGGCAGUCCACUCACCCGACGCUGCGAGAGAGGAAUGCUUUGAUGUUCAAUAACGAACUCAUGGCAGAUGUUCAUUUUGUUGUGGGUCCGCCGGGCGCGUCCCAAAAAGUUCCAGCGCACAAGUAUGUGCUGGCAGUGGGGAGUUCUGUUUUUGGUGCCAUGUUUUAUGGAGAUCUAGCAGAAGGAGAAGCCGAGAUUCAUAUUCCAGACGUGGAGCCUGCUGCUUUUUUAAUUCUUUUGAAGUACAUGUACAGUGAUGAGAUUGAACUUGAAGCGGACACAGUGCUGGCCACUCUGUACGCUGCCAAAAAGUAUAUAGUGCCUGCUCUGGCUAAAGCCUGCGUCACCUUUCUGGAGACGAGCCUGGAGGCCAAAAACGCCUGUGUGUUGUUGUCCCAGAGUCGACUGUUCGAGGAGCCUGAGCUGACCCAGCGGUGUUGGGAGGUCAUUGAUGCUCAGGCCGAGCUGGCGCUUCGUUCUGAGGGUUUCUGUGAGAUUGAUCUCAAAACACUGGAGGUCAUACUAAAGCGAGAGACUCUAAACACCCGAGAGGCGGUGGUCUUCCAGGCGGCUCUCGAUUGGGCAGUGGCUGAAUGCAAAAGGCAGGGACUGGGACUGACCUCUCGUAAUAAAAGGGCAGCACUGGGCAAGGCUCUCUACUUGGUUCGCAUCCCAACCAUGACCCUGGAGGAGUUCGCCAAUGGAGCCGCACAGUCAGACAUUUUAACGCUGGAAGAGACUCAUGAUGUCUUCCUGUGGUACACGGCAGCCAAUAAGCCCAAGCUGGAAUUCCCAAUGCAGAAAAGAAAGGGUCUGACGCCACAGCGCUGCCAUCGUUUCCAGUCCUCGGCUUACCGUAGUAACCAAUGGCGCUACCGUGGACGCUGCGAUAGCAUCCAGUUCGCGGUGGAUAAGAGGAUCUUCAUCGCAGGGCUUGGCUUGUACGGUUCCAGUGGUGGAAAGGCAGAGUACAGCGUCAAGAUUGAACUCAAGCGCCAAGGAGUGACACUGGCUCAGAACCUAACAAAAUUUGUUUCAGAUGGAUCCAGCAACACCUUCUCUGUAUGGUUCGAACACCCAGUCCAAGUGGAGCAGGACACCUUCUACACAGUCAGUGCCAUAUUGGAUGGGAGUGAACUUAGCUACUUUGGACAGGAGGGUAUGACGGAAGUGCAAUGUGGAAAGGUGACCUUCCAGUUCCAGUGUUCCUCAGACAGUACCAAUGGAACCGGAGUACAGGGGGGUCAGAUCCCAGAGCUGGUCUUCUAUGCCUAAAAUUGUCAGGAUGUCCAUAUUGCAGUGCAUUUCGGUCACUGGAAUUAAAUUUGAUUGAAUACAGGGUCUUGUGAGGCUCUUGCCUUUAUUAUGUAGCAGUGGUGAACUUAAUGGUAAUGGCGCUUCAGAACCACAGUGGACUCAGAUGAAAGGAAUGUUCUUCAGCUUUAUUUAUUGCAAAAAUUAUAUAUUUGAUUUAAUUAUUGACACUGCACAAGCAGAUCUCUAUACAGUAUAAAUAUAUAUAUAAAUGAAGAUAGUUGUACUGCUCUGAUAGUGGACAAAAGCCACUAGUGUGUCAUGUUUUGUACAUAACUUAUUUGUUUUCAGCUUGAUGCUGACUGACAAAUAAAAUGUCUUGUAUUAGUGGUCAGCUUCCUGAACUGCAGAUUAUAAAUGUUUUUGUGAUUCAAGUCCUAAGUUGUUUCACUUAUUCAUAGGAUUGGGAAUCGAAAAUCGACUCAGAUUCCAGAAUCGGAUACUUAAUGUCAGGAAUCGGAUUCUUGUUAUCAAAUUAAUAUUUUAAUUCCGCCUAUCGAUUCCUAUGAGCUUUUUUAAAAAUGUUUUAUUUUUUAUCUGAGGACCAGACCUAGUGAUCUGCCAGGACCUUGCUCGCUAAUCUAAAUGCUCCAAAGUUGGGCUACAUCUGCGAUCAGAUGCCCAAAAAGCUAAGCAAGUUAUAAUAUCUGUGAUAGCUAAACUAAAGCUAAAUGUUGCAAGAGAGGUCUCACCCCCAGUUUAAUUUAAUAGAUUGUUAAAGAUCGCAAACACGAAUCAAACACCAACGUGAUUCUAUUCCUAAAUUACGAUGAUUCAUUUGUUUCAUUCCUCAACCUUUGACAUGUGCGAUCAAUGUUGUGAUCACUUGUUAGGUCGUCCGUGCAGCAUACGAUCUCACCAGUGUGAUUUGAACAUUUACAUUCGCACUGCCGUUGACCUAAAGAGAGCGAAUGAAUGUCAUGAAUGAAACCGCUUCACUUUCUUUUCAGCCACACAGCAUCAUUUUUUUUUUGUGUAACAGACAUUCAAAUCACAGAAGGACUGGGAUAAAAGUUUAUAGUUAAAUGUAUAAACUGUUUGUAUGGUAACGAUUAAAAUCGGGAAGUAAUUUGAUAUUUCAAAUGAAGAUUUAUCAAUUACAUUGUUUCGCCAGUAGGUAGUGAAAAGGGGGCGUUAAAAUAUAUUUGUCUUUGAAUCAUACAAGAGAGAAUGCUGAUUCAUCCAGUAAUGAAACAACAUCUUGAGUGAGUCAUUGAAUCAUUCAUUCAUAAAUUACAUUCGAUUUUGUUUAGUUCUCUGUUUUACCUUCAGAAAUCGUGAGAGAACCACAACUUACAUUGGGGAAAGAAAAAAAAAGUUAUCAUGUAGCAUGUUGAUUUUUGUUCAUGGUAUUCAGCUUCAAUAAAUGGUUUGGAAAAUAAAGAGACACAGGAUAAA